AUGGCCUCUGCUGUAGCAAAUCCGCUCGCUGGUCCGUCUGCGUUGCGGGAUCUCAUACGCCCACAAUUCCAUCAGAACAACUUUGCUGAGGAAUCUUACAUUAAGAACGAGCUCGGUAUUAAGCUUGAUAAAGAUGACCAGAUAUGCCGUCUCUCUCUUACCCCCGCUGGCUGCCCUCUCGGGCCCCUUCACUGUCCUUUGAGGCACACCAACCCGUCAAUCCAAAACUUCCAACCUCCCAAGCAGCUGCCCACUCAUCCUCGUGAGCGAGAGCGUCUCGCCACCGUGUGCAAACAUUGGCUUCGUGGCUUGUGUAAGAAGGGUGAUGCUUGUGAGUUCUUGCACGAGUACAACCUGAGACGCAUGCCCGAGUGUUGGUGGUACGCGAAGUAUGGCUACUGUUCCGCUGGAGACGAAUGUCUGUAUGCCCAUCCGAAAGAGCGUCGUAUUGAGUGUCCAGACUAUAAUAGAGGGUUUUGCAAGCUCGGUCCCACAUGCCCUCGGAAACAUGUCAAGCGAGUUGCAUGCCAGCUCUAUUUGACUGGUUUUUGUCCCAUGGGUGCAGAUUGUCCGCGUGGCCACCCCAAACCAGAUCCCCCUCCGCCGAAGGCGUAUGAACCGCCCUCACCGCCCUCAGUGCGGGAUUUAGGGCCACCUCCUCCAGGUUACGGUAGGUAUGCAGACUAUGAUCGUGGAUUCCCUGGCGGUCACCCGCCUGGUCUAGGAGGCUCGGGAGGCCCACCGGCCCCUCGCAGGAACAUCGAGGAUGUCACCUGCUUUAAGUGUGGGGAGAAAGGUCACUAUGCAAAUCAUUGCCGGAAAGGGUUGCACAAGCGUUAA